AUGGAAUCACAGCAAGAAUCCUCCGAUGAGGGCUCUAUUGACUCCCAACUUGAGUGGGAGUUGGAGGAAGGGAUCCCGCAGACCGACGACCCAUUCAUCCAAAAGUACUUUGCUGGGAGACAGGCACUGAUAGAGCAGGAGAAGAAGCAGCGACAUGACCGUCUUUUCAAGCAGUCUAUGACGCCUAUCGCCAAACAGGCAGCAAAGAUCAUGGCCUCCAUUCGGCGGCGGGAGUUGAAAACCGUCUGGACGUCCGAGUUCGAGGAGAGCCUGAUGGAUAAAAAUGGUGGUCACCUGUAUCCUGGAAUGAUGUUCACUCUGGCACGAGAUCGCAUGGAAACCACUGAACUAUGGAAGAUCAUCGAGCGAAUGCCCAAAGGGGCUUUACUGCAUGCUCACCUUGACGCUAUGAUUGACAUUGACUGGCUCGUUGAUCAGGCCUUAGGUGAGAAGGGCUUCUGUAUCCUCGCACCUGAGGCACUCAGCAAUAAGGACAAGCGUAGAACGGGGUUCCUGCAAUUCCGCUACUACUCUGAAGAAGAGAUCAAGAAGCAGAAGACCCCGGUCAAUAUUUGGAGUACGACUUACACAUCGAAUGCCCCUGUUCCUAUCAGAGAGGCGCAACGCUCAUUCCCCGAUGAUGAGACCACAUUCAAGAAGUGGCUAAUCAGUAGAUGCACCAUCACGGCAGAGGAGUCGUUGUGCCAUCAUCACGGCAUGAAUGCGAUCUGGCGGAAAUUCCAGAGUACUUUUGUGGUGAUUGGGGGGAUGCUUUAUUACGAACCAAUUUUUCGCCGCGCCAUGGCACGAUUACUCGAGCAAUUGGCCAAUGAUGGUAUCAUAUACGUCGACAUUCGGACUGCCUUCAAGUUUGAAUUUCGGAAGAAGGGCGAGACGCACGGCCAAGUUGGGCGGUUCGACGACUUCUUUGCCGCGUUUGGCGAGGAGAUUGAAAAGUUCAAGAAGACACCGGCAGGGAAGAAGUUCAACGGCGCACGCAUGAUUUGGACAGUCAUCAGAAGCAUGGACAAUCGAGCCAUAGCCGAUGCUAUGAAAGAAUCCAUCCGAAUAAAGAAGAAAUUUCCCCAUCUCGUUUGCGGCAUCGACUUUGUCGGUCAGGAAGAUCCGGGCCGAACUCUGAAAGACCUGACACCGAUUAUAUUCUGGUUCAAAAAGACGUGCGCCGAAGCAGGAGUGGAUCUUCCCUUUUUCUUUCACGCCGGCGAGUGCCUGGGGGAUGGCGACAGCACCGACAACAACCUAUUCGACGCAAUCCUACUGGGGACCAGACGCAUCGGGCACGGGUAUUCGCUGUACAAGCAUCCGCUGCUGAUUGACAUGGUCAAGGAGAAGAAGAUAUUGAUCGAGAGUUGCCCGAUAUCGAACGAGAUUCUACGGCUCUCGAGUUCCAUACUGUCGCACACUCUACCGGCCUUGCUUUCACGGGGCGUAUCUGUGUCCCUAAACAACGACGACCCUGCAAUCCUAGGCCAUGGCAAGAAUGGCUUGAGUCACGACUUCUGGCAGUCAUACAUGGCCUUCGAGAACCUUGGGCUCGAGGGCCUCGGGACGAUGGCGGAAAAUUCCCUCAAGUGGAGCGCCAUCGAAGACCAGAAGCCCGCAGAGUGGAAAAAGGCUAUCACGGAGGGCUACAUGGGCAAGGGUAUCAAAUCAAAGCUGUUGCGUGAAUGGCGCUCGGAAUUCGAGAAGUGGUGUCAGUCCAUCGUGAUGGAAUAUCCUCUAGAGGCCGACAGCGAUGACGAGAAUGAAGAGUCGGAAGAGGAUGACGACGAUGACGACGACGAAGAGGAGUGA